GCACAGGGGCCCAACCGAGUCGAAUCACUUCAGGCAUUUACAGGAUUUGAACGGGAAACCUUCUGCUGGUGCAGAUCCCUAGCUUCAGAGUCACCACUCUGACUACCAGAAGAGGAGGGAAGUAUGAUGCAGUUGCCAACAAAGUGUAUGAAGCUCAGUCCAUUAUGGAAAACGCCAUAGGACAUCUCAAUGGGUACCUGUUCAGGUGUUAAACCAUUGUAGCUAAUUGAGACAGUAGUAUUGUGCCAAAGUGGAAUAUGGAGACCACAAAUGGAGAUAUGGUUUUAGUCGAACAAGAUCCUGCUUUAAACCCACUUUGCUUUGAGUGUGGACAACAGCACUGGACACGGGAAAAUCAUCUUUAUAACUACCAGCAUGAAGUGGAUGAUGACCUGGUUUGCCAUAUCUGCCUGCAGCCUCUGUUCCAGCCAUUGGACACACCCUGUGGCCACACUUUCUGCUAUAAGUGCCUAAGGAACUUCUUACAAGAGAAAGAUUUCUGCCCCUUAGACCGUAAAAAGCUUCAUUUUAAACUUUGCAAGAAAUCCAGCAUUCUUGUUCACAAACUGUUGGAUAAGCUCCUGGUAUCAUGUCCCUUUGCUACAGUGUGUCCAGAGGUAGUGCAACGUUGUGAUUUGGAAGCACAUCUCAAACAUAGGUGCACAGGUGCUUCAAAACACAGGGCUGGAUUGGAGAGGUGCAGAACAGGGAGGCUACAAGAGGUGGACACCAAGGAAGACAGCAAGCCAGUAGUAAUGGAUAGUUCAGACUCUUCAUUGCCUGACCUUGACAUGCUCGGAGGCAUAGGUGGUGGUGCAUCAUCCACCUCUGUACCAAUGUGGACAGAUGAACAUGGUUUAGAUAAUCCUGCAUUUGAGGAAAGCAAUGAAGAGGACAGUGUACAUUCUGUGGAUGGCUAUAAAGUGCGUGCUAAAAGACCUCUGAGCAAUUCCUGCAUUCACCUUCACCGAACUAACAGUGCCAACUCUGCCAGCUGGGACCUUCGAGAGGACGUCCUACCUCUUGCAACAGAGGAAGCUGCCCCAAAGCCAACUGGACUACCUGAAGGCGAAAUCACCUCAAUUGAAAUCCACCGGUCAAAUCCAUAUAUGGAGUUAGGGAUUAGCAUUGUUGGUGGCAAUGAGACUCCUCUUAUUAAUAUUGUCAUUCAGGAAGUGUACAGAGAUGGCAUAAUCGCCAGAGAUGGACGUCUGCUUGCUGGUGAUCAGAUUCUUCAGGUAAAUAAUGUUGAUAUAAGCAAUGUACCUCACAACUUUGCCAGGGCUACCCUCUCACAGCCUUGUUUAAUCCUGCACCUCACUGUUCUAAGAGAACGACGCUUUGGUAAUCGGCUACAUGCACACCAUCAAGAUGGCUCCUCACGUGACGACAGCUUUCAUGUAACAUUAAAUAAACGGGACUCCAGUGAACAACUUGGGAUAAAGCUUGUGCGUAGGACAGAUGAACCAGGUGUCUUUAUCCUUGAUCUCCUGGAAGGUGGACUUGCUUCUCAGGAUGGUAGGCUCUGUAGCAAUGACAGGGUACUAGCCAUUAAUGGACAUGAUUUGAGAUAUGGUACCCCAGAGCUGGCAGCACAGAUCAUUCAGGCUAGCGGAGAAAGAGUGAACCUGGUGAUCUGUCGGUCUGGAAAGCAGUGCCCUCCACCAUCAAGUGCCAACAACUUUAGGGAGACCUGCUUUUAUGGCAAUAGUCACCAGCUGCAGCAAUAUCACUCUUCACUAGUUAUGAACCAGAAUCAUAACAGGACUGUUUCUCAUCGGGAUCUGUCACAGUGUGUAACCUGUCAAGAGAAGCAGAUCAAUGUGAAGAAGGAGCCACAUGAGUCUUUGGGGAUGACAGUAGCUGGGGGACGCGGGAGUAAAAGUGGUGAACUGCCCAUCUUUGUCACCAGUGUUCAGCCGCAUGGCUGCCUUUCCAGAGAUGGCAGGAUUAAACGUGGGGACAUUCUCCUUAGCAUCAAUGGAAUUGACCUCACCAAUCUGAGCCACAGCGAGGCUGUAGCUACUCUGAAGGCCAGUGCUGCUUCUCCUGUAGUCACACUGAAGACGUUGGAAGUCCAAACCAUUGAGGAACAGGCACAAGCUGCAGAGGAACCCCUUAAUUCUAGUAAUGAGAAUGAAUAUGAUGCCAGCUGGUCACCCUCAUGGGUGAUGUGGCUGGGUUUGCCUAGUUACAUUCACAGCUGUCAUGAUAUUGUCUUGCGGCGAAGUAACUUGGGCAGCUGGGGAUUCAGCAUUGUAGGAGGAUAUGAAGAGAAUCACACCAAUCAGCCUUUUUUUAUUAAGACUAUUGUGUUGGGGACUCCAGCCUACUAUGAUGGAAGACUAAAGUGCGGUGACAUGAUUGUAGCUGUGAAUGGUCUUUCCACAGUCGGAAUGAGUCAUUCAGCUUUAGUACCUAUGCUGAAGGAGCAGCGAAACAAGGUGACAUUGACAGUUGUUUCUUGGCCUGGAAGCCUCAUUUAAUCUACCCUAAGGAGAUCUGAAACUGGAGAAAUGUGAAAAACUAUUAAAAAAAAUACAAUAUUUUGUAGCAGCAAGUCACAAAGCAAAGAGGGGGAUGUGUCAGUUUAUGUAAGUGCUGUAAUGUGUCCCUGUUUCAAAGAAAAGAGACAUGGAGGUGGUCUUCAAGAUGUCUACCAAAUAUUUUUUAUGGUUUUCCCAACAACAAGAAUGCAAAUCUAUAUUAGGGGAAAAAAAACUUUUGCUGAUAUUGCCAUAUUAUUGAUUCUAGAAAAGCCUUAUCCAAUCUGCAAGCUUCAGAGCCACUUCAAGCCUUACAACUUUUUCUUUGGCACCCCCAUGUUCAUGGAACAGACUUUUUAAUUAAUGACAUAUUGUAUAAUUUGUUUGUCGAUUUUCUUAUAUGGUGAGAAUGAAAGCAAUUGAAGAUGUUUACUUUUGUCUGGGAGUUUGUAUCCUUUUUACUUGUGUGGCCACUGUAUGUUUGGAUAUCAGAGGACUGAGUAUAAAUUAAAUAGUUUUAUUACUG